AUGAAUAACGGUUGCUUCGCAGAACGUUACACAGCAGUCGGAGACUUUACUUGUAAGCAGUUAAAUUACUUGAUUGGUGUGUCUGAGCACCUCAGCAGUUCUUUGAAUGACUCGGACAUCGAUGAAGGUCUUGUGACAGAAGACGUUGAAAAGUUCUCCGCCGUCUUCUGGUCCCUGGAAGCCACGGUAGAGAUUCUUAACCGAUUCGCCCUCAAAUACAAGGCUACGAGGAACCUUCUUGAGAUCCCGUGCGACAUGCUCGAUAUUGCUGUUGAGAAAGAGUUGUUCUGCUCCCAAGACAACAUGCCUUUGGGUUGCCUCAGCUGCGUUCUCCGCGAACCGCACAAGAACGGAAUGUGUGGCUGGCUUUAUCAGGGAUAUGUUGAGGGGCAGCAAUAUUUAAACAGUCUGGCUGUCGGUUCAUCAGGCGGUAUAAAUCCAACAGAAAGCACUAUAUCUGUCGUCAGUUCUAAGACUUAUACAGACCUUGAAACUGGGAAUACUGGGUCUCUUUCUUCAACUGGCUUUGCUGCUGAGUCUACCCACACCUUCCCUUCCUACGUCACGGGCACUCAGGACGCAAGUCUUCCUCCCAGUCUCAGAUUAGUCGCCAUCAUAGAUUGCACGAGAAGCCAACAGCUGCCCGAAGACCAAGCCGUAAGGAGGCUGAACGACCUGAACACGAACCUCCUCCGUUACGCAUCCGACGUCGAGACCGGCCUUACCUUCACCGGGGACGCGACGAGAAUCCUUAAGGCCCUGGAAAGAUUAUGGCAUCCAGACGCAUCGAAGAGAUUCAGACGCAGUGCCAAGGACGAGACCGAACCUCUUCACAGGAGCCGUAGACAUGAGCACUGUCAGGUCAACAUGAAUGAUGAUAUGAUCGCUUUGUUGGAUCGCUUCCAAGCUGAUCUGUACGUAUGGACGAAAAACAUUUCCCGGAAGGACAGUCUUUUCGAGGCCACCUGCAGCCUGUCGAGGAUGAGUCUGGUGACCACGACUAGAGCUUCCUUCGCUGGACUGGAUCGGCGGGACACGGAUGCUGCUGUCUCUACGAAGCUCAGGAAUGUUCGCGCAAAGUGCUUGGUCGUCGAAAGCUCUUUGUCUGAGAAAAAAACAAAGCUUGGGAAGGUUUUAGAAAACAUUUCGACUGCCUUACGAAACAUAGCUAUUGUUGAUGAAGUCAGGGUAUGCCUUUAAUGUCGUACACCUUAGUGAUUUCUCUUUCCGAUUUCCCUAGCAAAAACAACACUUGCAGUAGUGGGUGUAACGCAAUUAUUAUUAAUUAUAUUAUGUAACGUCUGACCGUUUUGUAACAUUGAUGGUAAUGCCGUUAUAUCUUUUAUAAAUCAUUUAUGUGA